AUGAAGAUAAUAUAUGAAAAUAUGCAAAUGGAAGAGUUUAUGAAAAAUGAAGAUAAACAUUUAUAUGACAUAGUGGAUAAAAAAAAUUAUGUCGAUGAAAUUCUAGAUGAAAUAAGUGAUGAUGAUACCAUUUGUGAAGAAAAGAAAGUAAAUAACAAUGAGAAAGAUUAUUAUUAUAUAAACGAUAUCAUAAAAAGAAAUUAUCCAUUAGAGUAUGAAGAAAAUAAUAUAUACCCAAAAAUAUAUUGUUACGAACCAACCAAUUUUGAAAAGUUUAAAAAAAAAAUAAAAAAUAAAAAUGAAUUAAGGCAUUAUGAGUGUUAUUCUUCUACUAUGAAUGAAUUUUUUUAUAAAUAUAAUGAAAAUUAUUAUGAUGAUAUUUUAAAAAAUGAGAGUUUUAAAAAAUUUGCUGAAGAACUAUGGUUAAAUAGAAGUAACAUAAAAACAGAAACGCAGUAUCAAGAACUAUGUAUACAAUUAAGAAAAAAAUAUAAGGUUAGUCCAUCUAAGCAUCAAAUCAGUGUUGCUUUGCAAUAUUAUUAUUUACAAACAUUGAAUAAUAAAAACAAAGAUAUAACCAACGAAAAUGACAUGAAUAUAAACAAUUUAAAAGGAACUAGAAAUGAUAAUGAUAAUAAAAAUUUAGAAAAAGAUGAAAAUGCAAAUAAUGAUGAUAAAAAUUUAAAAGAAUUUGAAAAUAUGAGUUAUAAUGAUAAGAACUUAAGUAAAAUUGAAAAAUGUGGCGAUGAUGAAAAUAAUGAAGAGGACGUAACAAUAAAUAAAAAAGGAAAGGAUGUCAAAUUCGUUAUGGAAAAUGUAAACAAAAUGAUAAUAACUAAAGAGAUGAAAAAUUAUAAAGAUUUAGAUAUAGAAAGUGUUCAUUUUUUACAAAUAAAUAAACGUAAAGGAGUUAGAUCAAAUAGUGGUGUAUUGGUAAUAACUUUAAUAACUCAUCCACAUAGAUUUAGUUGUAAGUAUGAUUGCCAUUAUUGCCCUAAUGAACCAAAUCAACCGAGAUCUUAUUUAUCAACUGAACCAGCUAUUUUAAGAGCCAAUCAAAAUAAUUUUGAUGUAAUUUGUCAAUUUUUUAAUAGAACUACUACUUUAGUAAAUAAUGGUCAUGUUCCUGAUAAAAUUGAAGUGUUGGUUUUAGGUGGAACCUGGAGUUGUUAUGAUGUGGAAUAUCAAGAAGAAUUUAUAAGAGAUGUAUAUUAUGCAGCAAAUAUUUAUCCUGUUUUAAAAAAUAGAAGAAAAAAAUUAAGUUUAAAGGAAGAGCAAGAAAUAAAUGAACAGAGUAAUUGCAGAAUAAUAGGAUUAACUUUAGAAACAAGACCUGAUCAAAUAAAUAAAAAUGAAUUAUUGAGAUUGAGAUAUUAUGGUUGUACAAGAGUCCAAUUAGGUAUUCAACAUACUGAUGAUUUUAUUUUAAAGAAAGUAAAUAGACAAUGUAAUUUAAAAGAUUGUAUACGAGCUAUAUAUUUGUUAAAAGAAAAUGGAUUUAAAGUAGAUAUUCAUUUAAUGCCUGAUCUACCAUAUUCGAAUGUAUAUAAAGAUAUUGAUAUGUUUAAAUACGUUUUAAGUUCAACUGAUUUACAAGCAGAUCAGUGGAAAAUUUACCCAUGUGAGGUUACUCCUUUCACUAAAAUUGAAAAAUGGUAUAAUAAUAAUGAGUAUAAACCUUAUUUUGAAAAUGAUAAAAAUUUAUUAAUAUGUUUGAUUCUUCUUGUAAAAAAAUCUAUUCAUCCUUGGAUAAGAUUAAAUAGAGUUAUUAGAGACAUUCCAAACCCUUCUAUUAUUGCUGGUAAUAAUAUUACUAAUAUGAGACAACUGAUAGCUCAUGAAAUGAACAUAAGGAACAUUUUUUGCCAAUGCAUAAGAUGUAAAGAAAUAAAAAAUCAAGAAAUUGAAAAAAGUAAGGAUUCUAUUUUUUUAAAAAUUUAUAAAUACCCAACUUUAGGAGGUGAUGAAUUUUUUAUUACAUUUCAAGGAAAAAAAGUUCUUAAAGAUUCAGAAAGAAAUUGUAGAUCAAAGAAAAGAAAUAAGAAUAAAAAGAAAAACAAAUCAAAUAUGAAUGAAGAAAAAAGCUAUAGUCGCCACAUUUACACUGAUAAUAAUAAAAAUAAAGAAAAAUUUUUAUUUGAUAAUAAAAGAAAUAAUACCUAUAAAAAUGAAAAUGAAAUAAACUUUAGUAUCAAAAAUGGUAAUAUUUCUAAUGAUAAUAAAUCAGAAAAAUCAAAUCAUGAUGAUAAUGAAAAAAAAUCUAAUGUUAAUUAUGAUGAUGAUUAUGAUAAUACAUAUGCUUUGUUAGGUUUCUUAAGAUUACGAUUAAGAACUAAAAAUAAUUUUUGUGAUGACAGACCUUUUAAAUGUUUAGAAAAUUCAGCUUUGAUCAGAGAAUUACAUGUAUAUGGAUCACUACUAAAACAUGAUGAUUUCAAAGACGAAUUAAAUUUUAUUCAACAUAAAGGAUUGGGAAAAUGUCUAGUUUUAGUUGCAGAAAUUAUUUCUUAUUUCCAUAAUUUUAAAAAAAUGUCUAUUAUUGCUGGUGUUGGCACAAGAGAAUAUUAUAAAAAGUUAGGUUAUUCUAAAGAAGAAACAUAUAUGACUAAAAUCUUAAAAAAAGAAGAAAUUUAUAAAAACUAUUUAUUGAAUUUUCAUAAAAUAGGGGAAAGAAUAAUUAUUAAUAAUUAUAAUUUAAAAUAUUGCCUUUAUUUAAUGCACAAAGAAAUAUCAGAUCCAAUUAAAUACAAACGAAGUGAAAUAAAUGAUUUAAAUUUUUAUAUUAAUGAAAAUAUUGUUUCAUUAAACUCAAGUAAUUAUUUACCAUAUAAAAAUAAAUGUACUAUUUCUGUAAUAGACAUUCAAAGUUUAUUAAGAACUAAUAAAAGUAAAAUUACUUUUUCUUUAGACAUUUUUAAAAAAUUAACUAGAAAGUACAUAAUUAAAAAUUACAUGAUUUUUAGUUUAUCUACUUUUUUAUUUUUUAGUACCGCAUUUAUGUUUUCCAUUAAUUUUUUAAGAAAAAGGAAAAUUAAUAUUGUGUAA